CGGGUGACAGCUGGGCAGCGCUCAGACGCCGCUCUGAGCGCCCUGUGAGCUCCCACAGACCCUGGUUGUGUUGGUGCUGACUCCGCCGUUAGUUUUACUGAGCUGCGUAGACAUGGAGCCUCCGGACUUCGAAGCCAUGAACUUCACGGUGGAGCAGGUGGCGCCGGCGUACCCGCUGUGUGAGGCGUGGAGGGACGGCUCGGAGGGCUCCGUGUUCCACCUCGCCAAUAUCUUCCUCUUCCUCGGCUUCAUGGGGGGCAGCGGCUUUUACGGACUCCUGUACCUGUUCACCUUCCUGACUCUGGGCUUCUUCUGCUCCACUCUGUGGGCAUGGUCGGACUCCUGCACCACGGACUCUUUCCUGUGGAGUUUCGCGCUCUUCGGUGUGAGUUUGGGACAAGUCCUGCACGUGUCCUACCGGCUGAGGAGCCUCUCCUUCGACAAGGACUUCCAGGAUCUUUACCACUGCAUGUUUAAGAAGCUGAGGGUGUCGCUCACACACUACGGGAAGAUAGUGGCCUGCUGUGACGGGGAGAUCCACACCCUAGAAAAGAACCACUGCUUCGCCAUAGAGGGAAAAACCAACAUUGACAAGCUGUCGGUGCUCCUGUCGGGCAGAAUCCGAGUAACAGUUAAUGGAGAGUUUCUACAUUAUAUCUACCCUUUCCAGUUUCUGGACUCACCUGAGUGGGACUCUCUCAGACCAUCGGAGGAGGGUGUUUUCCAGGUGACCCUCCGUGCUGAUGAGCCCUGCAGAUAUGUGGCGUGGAGGAGGAAGAAACUCUAUCUGCUUUUUGCCAAGCAUCGCUACAUAGCUAAGAUCUUUGCCCUGGUUGUGCGCAACGACAUAGCGGAGAAGGUGUACUCCCUUAAUGACAAGGCUUUCGACAGGUCCGGGCACCGCUAUGAUCUCCGCUUACCAAGUUACUGCCACAUGCCAGGGACUGAAUUAGAAAGGGCAGAUGUCCUCCUGCAAGUGCCGGGGCAGAGUGGAAGGACUGCCUGAACACACACACACGCACACGUACACACACACACACACUUACACUCCUCUCCAGGCCUUAAACACUUGGAACUGACUCACUACAUGUAGGAAUUUGGGAAUAGAGUCUCAGAGCCUGAGACAUCUGAAAGGCUGCUUCACAGCAACAAGACCAAUGUUACUUACUCCUUUAAAACACACAGUCCCAUCCAUCAGAUGCUUUGGGCUUCGUAGCGCUGCUUUAUGUGCUAUGUUUUAGCUCUGUAUCAGACUCAGUGUUCAAGUAACCUUGACAAAUGAUGCUUUACUCAAAAGCUCUGAGUCUAAUGAUUCUAUCUGUGCAAAGCAGUUUAGCAUCUCCACAUAUCUGCAACAACUGCUGACAAAGAAUGUGCAAAAAAAUACCCAAGGCUGGAAACACUGCUAUAUCACGUGUGUAACUUUGGUUCAUUCUGACUUGUUUGGCUGUAAAGUUGGUUGUAAUGUUCUCAACCGGUUCAACUGGAGAGGAACUUUAAUGCUUUAUUAACCCAAAACCACUGAAGCCAGAGGAAGCCUGAAAAUGCAGCGUGUGAGCAGCUUUGAUUGAAAAUGAAUGGGAUCCAUCUCAGGGACGUGGCGUCCAGGUCUCUUAAUACAUUGAUGGUUCACAGUCACUGUGACUGGCUGUUGUUUGCCAAGAAAUAUCUCAGUCUGAGAAAGAAACAGGACACACUCAUUACUGUGGCCGUACCCCACCACAGUCUCAGAUCUUCAAAGUUAAAUCUGAUUCCUUCAGUCGAGUGUGCACUGAUGAGACCAGCUGCUCUUCACUUUGUAUCAGACAGAUUUGUGGACCUGCAGUAAAAUCCUAUCUAGUUUCUGGUUUCCACUCCUUUGGUUUUACAGAUCUAGCAUUAAAUUGUCACUUUAGUACAGUUAAACACAGCACAGUGUAUUAAGCCUACAUUACAGGCAAAGCCAUGUAGGCAGUUUUAACCAGCAACAAAAAACACUUAUGGCAACUAAUAUUAUGAUAAUGUGUCUUGUUAAUUUGUUUCUAUAGCUUCAAUUAUACCCUGAAGUAGAACAGAGGAAACUCAGCAGACAGACAGGCAGGCAGACAGACAGAGACAGACAGACAGACAGACAGGCAGACAGACAGGCAGGCAGACUGUUUUCAGGUCUAAAUUUUCUCAUGCAGUCAAGCAGCAUUAAAACAAAUUAAAAAUCUAAAGCUUUGACUGAGGAGCUGAUUUGUCUGUAUAACUUAGGAGAAACUGUGCAAGUUUAUCUGUAUGUUUGUGUGUGUGUGUGUGUGUGUGUGUGUGUGUGUGUGUGUAGGAAAGUGGUUUUAGUGCAUGACACUUAAGAUUGUUCUGUUCAGCUAAGGUUAAAGUGAACCUAAAGUCAAAUAUUUGUCCACUUAAUUUUUAGAUUCAUGGUUUAAUGGAAAGCAGAUUCUGUGUUGGAUGUAUAGGUGUAUUAUGAAUGUAUAAAGUGAAUUAAGUAGGAGGUGCUUAUGUCUUAACCAUAAAAGAUUCUGUAUUGUGUAACACUGACAGAUUAUAUCAGUGACUGUGAUCAGAGUAGAUGUAAAUAGGGUAAUGGUGUCUUUACUUUACUGUAAAAAUAAAUUAUACUUUGUUAAACCGUGUAGAUUUUUCUUAGGCUUCUUGCACACACACACAGAGCAGUGUAAACAAUAUGAUACAGGCGGUCUGGCUACAAUAUAAUACAU